GAGAACCGCCUCCUCACAGGCCCCGUCCCGCCCGAGAACACCGCUCCGCCCGAGAACACCGACCAGUCACGGGUCCCGGGAGCUCCUGGCUUCCAGGCACGCUUCCGGGCCAUUCUAGGCUCUUCCCGGCCUCCGCUCCCUUUCAGUCCCCGUCCUACCCCAGAACGCUGUCGUCUCACUGGCCCGCGCUCUCCCCACUUCCCGCCCCGGCCCCGCCUCCGCGCCAGGUUUGAAGACUCGGUCCCGCCACAGUGGGCGGGUUGCGUGUCCUGCCAGCCGCAGAGGACUCACGGCUUCCCGCCCACGGCGAGUGUCUGGAGUAGUAAUUCACAGAGAUCCUACCUGGGAUAGGAUUUAGUCUCCCCAUACUUCUGAACCAAUGAAGAGAAAAUGGGAAGCAAGGCUGAAGCAAAUUGAAGAACGAGCAUCCCAUUAUGAGAGGGAACCAUUGUCCUUGGUAUACAGACCAAGAUUGUCUAAGCCAGAAGAACCACCAUCCAUUUGGAAACUAUUUCAUCGGCAAACUCAAGCUUUUAAUUUUGUUAAAAGUUGUAAAGAGGACGUUCAUGUAUUUGCUUUGGAAUACAAAGUGGGCGAUGGACAACAUAUUUACCUCGUAACAACGUAUACUCAACUUUGGUUUUACUAUAAAUCCCGAAGAAAUCUCUUACACUGCUAUGAAGUCAUUCCUGAAAAUGCUGUGUGCAAGCUUUAUUUUGAUUUGGAAUUUAACAGACUUGCCAAUCCAGGAGCUGAUGGGAAAAAGAUGGUUGCAUUACUCAUUGAGCAUGUUUGUAGAGCACUUCAACAGUUUUACAGGGUUAGUUGUUCAGCUGAAGAUGUUCUCAACUUGGAUUCUAGCACCAAUGAAAAAUUUAGCCGCCAUUUAAUAUUUCAACUCCAUGAUGUGGCAUUUAAAGAUAAUAUUCAUGUUGGUAAUUUUGUGAGAAAAAUGUUAGAGCCUGCUUUUCACUUAAUUGCUAGUGAAGAUGAUGAUAUGACUCCAGAGACAAUGGGCCAUGAAUUUUCCCAUUUUUCUGAAACACCAGUUAAACAAGGAAUUUCCUUUAGCAAAAAGUCCACAGAUAAGGAUAUGGGAGAGAGCUGGACAACGAAUUCAAAGAAACUGGAGAGGCUGGGGUCAGCUAAGCAAAGCAGUCCUGAUCUUUCAUUUUUAAUUGUGAAGAAUAACGUUGGAGAAAAGCAUCUUUUUGUAGAUCUAGGAGUUUAUACAAGAAAUAGAAACUUUCGACUGUAUAAAUCAUCAAAAAUAGGAAAGUAUGUGCCUUUGGAGGUUGCUGAAGAUAACAAAUUUUAUCCUGUACAAUCGGAGAAUAUUUCCAAAGAAAAUCAAUAUUUCCUCUCUGCUUUGGUCAGCAAUGUCAGAUUCUCAGAUACUUUACGAAUUCUGACAUGUGACAUGUCUCAAAAUGAACGAGUUGAGAAUUUUAACCAUACCAGUACUUCAGAAGGAAGGCCGACUACAGAGAGACUAAAGCUACAAUUGGCAAAGAAGGAGCAGCUACUUACAUUAGACAAGAUAGUAGAAACCAUUGAAGGUUUUCAGUGUUCACCUUACCCUGAAAUUGAUCAAUUUGUUCUCUUGUUGGUGAAUAAAAAUGGCAUUAAAGGAGGAAUUCAGCGCUGGAACUACUUUUUCCCAGAAGAAUUAUUGGUUUAUGAUAUUUGUAAAUACCGCUGGUGUGAAAACAUUGGAAGAGCCCACAAGAGUAGUAAUAUCAUGAUUUUGGUUGACCUGAAAAAUGAAGUUUGGUAUCAAAAAUGUCAUGACCCUAUAUGUAAAGCAGAAAACUUCAAAUCUGACUGUUUCCCAUUACCUGCUGAAGUGCGUCUCCUGUUUCUUCUCAAAGAGGAAGAGGAGUUUACAACAGAUGAAACAAGGGACAGUGAAACCAAGAAUCCUCAUGAACCGUCAUCUAGUGCAUCGUCAAAAGGUACAUUUUCUGAUGCUGACUGGGAUAAUGGCAUUGAUGAUGCUUAUAUUUUGGAGGCUACAGAAGAUGCUGAAUUGGCAGAAGCUGCAGAGAACAGUCUUCUCGGUUAUAAUGGAAUUGAUGAAAUUCCUGAUGAACUAAUUAUAGAAGUAUUACAAGAGUAGCUAAUUAUGGACACUUACAUAACUAGGCUGUAAUCUGCUUGAAAACAUUUAAUAACAAACUAGUAACUUAUAAAGCCUGUUGUAUCAGCUAAGUUUUAUUACUUUGCUUCCAAAUCUUAUUUAUUGAAGUAAACCAGUUUUAUUGAAAAUUAGCUCCAGUGUGCUUAAAUUCAGUAUAAGUCUCCUUAUUUGAUUAACCAAAGUUAUUAGUCUUUGUUCAUAUCAGCUUAAUUUUGCAUGUUUAUUUUUACAGUAAAACUUUUGUAUGUCUAGGGCUGACUAGGUGUCAACAUUUUAAAACAUUUUGAAACUCAUCACUUGACAUUAACAGAAAAAUUAACUAUGGCCUCUAAAACUAAAACUACUAUAUCUAGCCAUUUAAUUUUAAUGACAAAGUAAUAUUAAAUUCUGGUGACAAGACCAUACAACCAACCUGAACAAUUAGACAAGUUUACUUUUUUAAAAUGUACCUGGGAAUGUUGCUAUAACAUGACAAAAGAAAUAUUCAAUUCAAAUUAAUAAAGUUUGGGUUUUUUUCCCCCAUUUCCUUUAUGGAAAAAUACAUACAGUUUCAGAAGGUAACAGGCAGUAGCAUGAGACAAUCUUUAUAUGUGCACACUUUAGUAGACUGGUCUCAUUUCUGGUCAAGGAGCUUCUCUAAUUGAUAGUUGAUAUUUUGCAGAUGGUUUUCAGCUCCCAAAAGGGGUCUUGCUUUGAAUAGCAGAGCUGGAAGGCUGGAUGAAUUAUACUGUUGAGGGAAAAAUAUUCAGAA